AUGAAGGUCAACACCUGUGAGAUUUCCUGGCAUAACCGUGAGCCCAUCUAUAGUGUUGAUUUCCAGCAUGGGACAAGUAAAGUGAAUAGAAUGGCAUCAGCAGGAGUGGACACUGCAGUGCGGAUAUGGAAGGUUGAAAAGUCAGAAGAUGGAACAGCGCUUGUGGAAUUCUUGUCUAGUCUUGUGCGGCACACCAAAUCUGUCAACGUUGUUCGAUUCUCUCCAAAUGGUGAACUUUUGGCCUCAGGUGGAGACGAUGCUGUGAUAUUGUUAUGGAAACUAAAUGAAAGCAAAGAGGCAAGCAUGGAAAUAACCCCAUUCAAUGAAGAUGAUGAAACAGAAAUAAGCAAGGAGAACUGGACUGUGUACAAACACUUGAGGGGUCAUCUAGAAGAUGUGUAUGACAUCUCCUGGACACAAGACAGCAACUUCAUGGUCUCAGCGUCUGUGGACAAUUCCGCCAUCAUGUGGGAUGCUGUUAAAGGUCAGAAAAUUUACAUAUUUAAUGAACACAAGAGUUAUGUGCAGGGAGUGAGCUGGGAUCCUCUGGGCCAGUACAUAGCUACACUGAGCUGUGAUCGUGUUAUGAGGGUGUACAGAACAGAAACAAAGCGAGUGGCCUUCAAUGUCAGCAAGAUGCCAUCUAAAAACGCACCUGAAGGAGAGAAAAAAAGUUAUCGAAUGUUCCAUGAUGACAGCAUGAAGUCCUUCUUCAGAAGACUGACAUUUACACCUGAUGGCUCUCUCCUCCUCACUCCAGCUGGCUGUGUUGAGGUUGGGGAUGCUCUUGUCAACACAACAUAUGUCUUCUCCAGGAAUAAUCUGAAGAGACCUCUAUCUCACUUGCCAUGUCCAGCAAAAGCCACAUUUGCUGUUCGAUGCUCCCCUGUGUUCUAUGAACUGAGGCCGGAAGUGAGAGGUGAAGAUGGCAAAGCUCCUCCUCCUGGCCUGAUCUCUCAACCCUAUCGGAUGGUCUUUGCAGUGGCCUGUGAAAAUUCUGUGCUCUUCUAUGACACCCAGCAGUCCUUCCCCUUCGGUUAUGUUUCCAAUGUUCAUUAUCAUACACUAAGCGACAUAUCUUGGUCCAGCGAUGGGUCCUUCCUAGCCAUCUCCUCCACCGAUGGAUACUGCUCAUUUGUCACUUUUGAAGAAGGCGAGAUUGGGGUGCCACUUAAGGAGAAACCUGCUUUAAUUCUAAGAACUCCUUCCACAGCGGAGAAGAAGAUUAGGAAGUCUCAAGCAGGGGAACUGGCCCCUUCUGCAAGGCUAUUUGAGCAGUCCAGUCCGUGCACCCCGAUCCACAGCAAAAUCACAGCAGCCGCCACAAGUGGUGAUAAGCCAACAACUCCGGUGGGCAUAACUAGUGUUCCAACCACGCCCACCUCUGAGGACAGGAAGAGUGGACAAAACCGUAAAGCUGCACAGCCCAGGAGGAUUACACUCAACACUCUGGAGGCUUGGAGCAGGCCCAUCAAUCCUAUUACACCCAGCCCACGGUUAGUUGAUGUCUUUUAA